AUGGUGGCUGCAAAGAAGACGAAAAAGUCUCUGAAGUCUAUCAACUCUCGGCUCCAGAUUGUUAUGAAAAGUGGGAAGUACGUGCUGGGAAACAAACAGACUCUGAAGAUGAUCAGACAGGGCAAAGCAAAAUUGGUGAUCCUCGCCAGCAACUGCCCUGCCUUGAGGAAAUCUAAAAUAGAAUACUAUGCCAUGUUGGCUAAAACUGGUGUCCAUCACUACAGUGGUAAUAACAUUGAGUUGGGCACAGCGUGUGGAAAAUACUACAGCAUAUGCACACUGGCCAUCAUUGACCCAGGUGAUUCUGACAUUAUUAGAAGCAUGCCAGAACAGACUGGUGAAAAGUAA